ACAACACCAGCCCGCCAGCGUGGAAUUAGGAUCGUAAACACAAAUUCAAUUCGGAAAAACCUGGAAUCUUCUUCUUCUUCCUUCCUUCUUCGACUUCCCCAUCAUUACAGAGACUUUCUCGCUUCUAUUUUUAGCAGCCCAGGCUUUUCUACUGCUAUCCUCCUCCCUCCUCCUCUGCUGCGUCCCAAUCAAAUUUCAAGGUUUGCGAUUUUGAAGUUUUCUGGGUGCAGGGAUGGCAAGUGGUUUUGGGGAAUCAACAAGCGUGCCGCCCCAAAGCCAGUCUUGCUCGGGGAAUAAUGCCAAUGAUGCAGGGGAUUUCGAGUGCAACAUCUGCUUCGAAUUGGCGCAAGAUCCAAUCAUAACUCUUUGCGGUCAUCUCUUCUGCUGGCCUUGUCUCUACAGAUGGCUCCACCAUCACUCACAUUGCCAAGAAUGCCCGGUGUGCAAGGCCCUCGUACAGGAAGACAAGUUGGUUCCUCUUUAUGGCAGGGGCAAGACACAGACUGAUCCAAGAUCAAAAUCGUAUCCGGGUAUCAAUAUUCCUAAUCGCCCUGCUGGGCAGAGGCCUGAGACUGCUCCUCCCCAGGAGAACAAUCAGUUUCCCAAUUACAGCUUUGGGUUUAUGGGAGGAUUUAUGCCAACGGCAACUGCCAGGAUUGGUAACUUCACUUUGGCCACUGCAUUUGGUGGUCUGAUACCCUCAUUGCUUAAUAUUCAUUAUCAUGGGUUUCCAGAUGCUACUGUAUAUGGAACAACUUCUGGUUUUCCUUACGGGUUCAGCAGUUCAUUUCAUGGGGGCCAUGCCCAUGGGUUCCCUCAGCCAGCAACUCAAAGGCAGCAGCUGCUGUUUGUAUUGGCAUUGAUGACGGUAUAGAGGAUGGUACAUUAAGAGUUGCUCCUGUGGCAUAAACUCGUUGUUAUUUCUGGUUCUUGGUUUAUCUGGUUAUACCCUUAAAUGGAAAGAAAACUUCUCUCUCAUGGAUGCUGCCAGAACAAGGUCAGGUCCCUAACAGUUGGGGAAGAGCAUACAUUGCAUUCUGAAGUGAAGUGAUAAAUGCUUGUAAAGUAGUUUCCUUGCCUAGUUUGAUAUUGGUGUUGUGAUUUAGAAGCACAACUGAUGUAUGGCUUGGUUUCAAAUUUGAAUUUUUGAAUGCGACCUGUACUUGGCGUUGUAACUAAUGCAACCCUCCGAAUAUAAGCUGCCUUGAGAUCUGAGAUGUCCUGUCCUUGUAAGUAGUGUGCAAGCAAUGCUAAUAAUUCUUUUGCUUUAAGCUGGAUUUGGAUGCUGACAGUAGUACUCUUCGCAUGGCUAUCAGAAAGGAAACAUAUCAAGCAUCUUCACCACCAAAUCAAAUCAAAGAGAGGAUUUCUAUAAGAAACUCUAAUUUUGCUCAUUUGAUCUCUGUAUCUUUUGAAUUAUUGAAUUACAUAUAUAUCCUUUUGUAAAAUGACAAUUAUAGACAAUGAAUUAUAAUCAACUUGUUCAAGUAAAACCCUAAUUUGUGUUUGGCUCAAACUCUAGGUUAUUUGACCUAGUGGUAAUAGGAUUUAAUUAGAAGAAUCUAGAGAUUAUCUUUCCUUGUAUGAUUUAGACUCUAUGCAUUGUAAUCCUCUAUAUAAAGAGGCAUCUAUUAUCAAUGAGAAUACACAGCGAUUUUCUCUCAA